AUGUGUAAACAACUUGAUGAAAUUUAUGAAAAGCUAGAGAUUGCCGAAAAUAAAUACCUACCAUUAACCGAAUACGAGUAUCCUCAGAUUGGUGAAUUCAGGCAAUGUCGUAAUAGUAUUACCUUAUUAAAAGUGGAGAUCAGUAGAUUUAAUGAGAAGCAAAUUCGCCUUAUCAAUAGCAUUUUGGUUAAUAAAGUUGCCGCGGAAGAAAAGGAAAAAGUAGCAACACUUGUUAAAAAACUUCGUGAGGAAAUUAAAUUACUUAUGAACGAGCUUAAUAAAAAAAAUAAAAAGAUAAAGGAAUUGGAGAAAAAAUAUAUAGCUUUAAAUGCGAAAUAUCACGCUCUUAAAAAUGAUCACGAUACUGGCGAUAGUCAUUACAUGGAAAGCCGACGUUUACUUGAAAGAGAAAAUGCUGUAUUAAUGCGCCAUAAUUUGGAAUUUUUUGAAGAGGCCGAAGCAACUAAUAGAAGAAAUCGCGGGCUAGAAAAUAAUCUACAUUUAUUAGAGCAACAGAAUCUUGCCAUACGGAUUUUCAAAGUGACUGCCAACCAUUUUACAACUGCAACAAAAUUACCGCUUAAAACAAACACCGUAUCAGGAAGAAAAGAAAUUGCAGGUGUCUCCAGGGAA